AUUUUUUAAAUUUGAUAAUCUAUUUUUUAAGCUCUAUUUUCAAUAUUUAUAUUGUUUAUUUUUUUACUGAAUAUUCAUUUCGAUUAACAUUUAUGAUUAUUCAUGACUCGAUUCACUUAUUAACCUUUUAAAAUUAUGUACAUUAGUUUAAGAGUAUUUCGUAGUAGUUUACUUUCGUGUAGUGUUCAUAAAAUCAUGGCACUAAGGCAAUCAAGUGAUAUGUCCAAAUUCAAGGAGGCUUUAAAGUCUGCAAAACAAGUGGUAAUCUUAUCUGGAGCUGGUAUAAGUGCGGAAUCUGGUAUACCUACUUUUAGAGGAGCCGGUGGUUACUGGAGGAAGUACCAAGCAUCGUCGCUAGCAACCCCAGGAGCGUUCAAAACUAGUCCUAGUUUAGUUUGGGAGUUUUAUCAUUAUAGGAGAGAAGUGGCUGCAAAAGCUCAACCAAAUGCGGGCCACAUUGCUAUAGCUGAUUAUGAAAAGAAACAUAGCUCAGAUAAACAAAUAACAGUUAUUACACAAAAUGUAGAUGGGCUACAUGCAAGGGCAGGUACUAAAAACUUAAUAGAACUCCAUGGAAAUCUUUACAAGACCCGCUGCACCAAAUGUAAAGAAGUUUUGGUCAACACAGACAGCCCUAUAUGUGAGGCAUUGGCUAACAGGGGAGCUCCAGAUGAAAAUGUAGUUGGCUCUGAUAUACCAGUGAAGGAUCUACCACAUUGCCAAAAACCUGAUUGUAAAGGCUUACUGAGGCCACACAUUGUGUGGUUUGGAGAGAGUUUAGAGCCAGCUGUUCUUAGCAAUGCUGAAGCUGUUAUGUCAACAUGUGAUGUAUGUUUAGUAGUAGGUACAUCAUCUGUAGUGUACCCUGCUGCAAUGUUCGCGCCUCAGGCAGCCGCAAGAGGCGCAAUAGUUGCGGAGUUCAACUUAGAACCCACGCCUGCCACUCCAGAUUUCCAUUAUUACUUUCAAGGUACUUGCGGCACUACAUUGCCGGAAGCUUUGGCGGAAUAGAAGGAUAAGAGUAUCAUA